AAAUAAUUUGAGCAGGUCCUAAGUAACAAUCCGAAAGAAUGCCUGAAAUGAAGUGUCACAGAGAAGUCAAAGGGAGGGAAGCUCUAUACAAGAAACUUGAAGCAAAAAUACAAGAAGAAAAACAUUGGAUUCCCAGCAAAAGGCGAUUUCUUUCCAUGGGAAACGGCGAAGUCUCCUUCCUGGAGCGUGACCACGCUGUCAGGGGUAUCCUAAAUCUCACCAAGAUGUUCAAAAUGUUCCCUGAAACCUACGCUAUGGCUGUCAACUUCAUGGAUAGGUUCCUCGCUCGCCUCAAGGUUAGGCCAGUCCACCUACAUUGUGUGUCGAUCACGUGCGUCUACAUCGCCGUCAAGCUACAGGAAGAACAACAGUACAUCCCGGAUCUGGACGGCCUGAUGAGCUCCUCAGUAAAAACAGAGUUACGUGCCCCGUGCUACAACCCUACUGACUGUCUAAGGAUGGAGAGGAAGGUUCUGGACAAGCUGGAGUGGGAUUUGAACCCUGUUACUCCCCUUACUUUACUGGAAAUGUAUUUCUUAGCGGCGGUAUUAGAAGGGUGCCUUACACCUGACGAGAACCCUAACGAUGAGUUAUCUCUGUUAACCGAACAAUUGGAGAUAGCCCUCACAUACUCUUCAAUCGCCGUACAAACAUCGUCGAUCAUAGCGUUAUCUCUGAUAACAGUCAGACUCUCUGACUGCCCAGUUUGGUCAGAGAAACUCCUCCCUCUCUUCAUGGACAAGAGCAAAUCCUCCCACGAGGAUUUCUACAACUGUGAAGAGUUAGUGGAGGAGAUGUUAUACAGUAUGAACAGCUUCGACAUGGAGAGCAACCUCAACGCUUUACCAGUGAUGUACCGGAGGGACCACUCAGUGACCUUCGCUCCCAUGUCCCUCUCCCAAUCAGACCUAUCCGCCUCAGAUAACGACACUUGCACACCUCCCUCUAAGAAACCAACCUACGCGUCCGUCCUGACUCGCAGCCUCAACGACUCCAUGAUGUCCAUGUCUAUGUGAGGGUUGGGUAUGAGAUGAUAUGUACUGGUGGCAUGAUGUACUGGUGGUAUGAUGUACUGGUGGUAUGAUGUAGUAUGUACUGGUGGUAUGUACUGGUGGUAUGUACUGGUGGUAUGUACUGGUGGUAUGUACUGGUGGUAUGUACUGGUGGUAUGUACUGCUGGUAUGUACUGCUGGUAUGUACUGCUGGUAUGUACUGCUGGUAUGUACUGCUGGUAUGUACUGCUGGUAUGUACUGCUGGUAUGUACUGCUGGUAUGUACUGCUGGUAUGUGCUGCUGGGUCAGGUUUAGACUAGGGGAGGAAAGGUGUGCUUCUUGGUGGGAGGCUCCGUGUUAUAAUUGUUUUCGUGUUUUUGAUUUCUUUACGAUGCGUUCAGCGUGAAUCGUUUGAAAGAGUUACAGUUUGUUUCCCAAUUUCAUCUAUUAAUUUCAAAGCAUGUCAGAAAUGCACAAGAUAUUUCUCGACAGAAAAUGUUGUAAAUAGUUGCAUGCCAAAAAUUGUAAAUCGAGCUUUGCGUUUCUGAUCUGCAAUUUCUAUUAUAGUAUACUUUGUUUAAAUUUUGAUUUUUGCAGCUUAGAAAUAUUAGUGACACACCCUGGUGUUAUUUUAGAUUUGGUGCCCAUUAAUUAAGCAAUUUAAUUAAUUAAGCAAUUUGAUUAAUUAAGCAAUUUGAUUAAUUAAGCAAUGGAUACUUUUCGCAGUAAGUCAUUCUUUGCCCAGGUCGCCCGACGUAAAGUUUGUCAAAUUUCGAGCAUAAUGAUAGAAUAUUCCCUAUUCUAAAUAAAAAAUGUAUAAAAGUAUAAAACUUAACUUUUCGUUGGGCUGAUCUUAUUCUAUCGAUGAUAAUAAUAUCUUGAAAACUUCAAAAAGAUUUUAAACAUAAUAUAUUUUGGAUGAUGAUCAUGCUAGGUACCUUAUACUAAGCCAAACCAAACAAAUCCUGCCAUAUUAUCCGAAAUGCACGAUCAUCAUCAUUAUUUUUGACCUCGACAGCCGAUUAUAUUCGAGCGGCUGCAGUUGUCAUCAACCUUGUAGUAUGAUUACAUAAGGGGUCGUUCACAUAUUACGUAAUAACUUUUUGACCAAUUUCGAACCCCCCCCCCCUCCGUAAUGAGUUUUACGCAUAGCUAUGUGUUAAAAUUACACUAGCGUAAUCAUUUAAAACCCCCCCCCCCCCCCCUCGGCUGAUUACGUAAUAUGUGAACGACCCAUAAGCUCUGUGCAAGUAUUUUUGGCCCAAUAUCCGGGCUCUUAUAAUAUUCAAUUUUAAGUAUAAAUAUGGGACGAUAACAACUUUUGAGACCAUGAAUCCUGGUUUUCAUGGUAAUUGUGGUAAGAUAUAACUCAGCCUUGGUCACAGUGAUGACCGGCUGAAAGUUCUGGAUGCUUCCAGUUUUAUCCGAAAAAAUGUAUAAAUAUGUAUGUAGAAUACUUGUGGGAGACUCUCUCAAACAUUUGGUAGAUGGUAGAAUUCUCAAUCCGUGUUACCGUCCCAGAUUUAAUAAUAAUACAUUGUUGAUAUUAAAAACAAAAAAAUUAUAAACUUUUUAAAUGUUAUUAUAAAGCCAAAAAAAGUUUAAAAUUGACAAAAAUCGGAUUUGAUAUAAGUUUGAGUCAUGGAAUUUUUCGGUAUGUUAGGAGUGGGUUAACUUUUAGUUAAUUAACUAAUUGAUUGGUCUGCUUCGUUUACUGCUCAGGCUCGCUGGUAAAUUGUGAUUAUAUUUUUGUACCUAAAAAUUGUCAGUUAGAGAAAUGUGUAUUGGUUUGAGGAUGAUGUAAAGGGUUAUCAUUAAUUGUAGUAUAGAUGUGCAUUAUCAUUUUGGAGCAAAUUAUUUUGCGUAAUGCCCCAAAUAUUAAGUCUUUAGUAGGUAUGAUGAUGUUUUUGAUCUGUUCAGUUUAUUACUCUAAUUAAAUAAUAACCAUAUAUUUCUAAUCAGAUUCUCGAGAGUAAUAAUAAUAAUUGUCACCCCUUACUGAUUAGUGAUUAUGUUGGAAUUCUGCUUUAUUUUGAUUAAUUAAUUUCUCCAUGAAUUUUCUUGGUUCCCGUUUGAAUUUCGAUUGAUAGUAGUGUUUAAGUUGAUGUUGAAGUUGAUACUGAUGUUGAAGUUGAUACUGGACGGAGAGUGGCUGAUUUUCUAUCCCAUGUCACCACUCCACCGCAUUUAUGUGUGAAUUAUUUUUGUCAGCUGAAUUGGGCUUACAUUUACUAGGACAGAUUUGAGCCCCAGUAUUCCUGUAGUUCUGAUUACCAGUCUUAUUAAUUAAUUAAUUAGUAAUUGAUAACAAAGAAAACUUAGCUCGUUCUCGUUACCCAAUACGAGUUUAUUCGGUUAUCUUUCAAGACUUAAGUGCAUUCAGGUACAGACUACUGUGGUGAAUAUUCUAUCCUAGUUCUUGUGAAAGCUCAACAUUUUCUUCACACAAAGUGCGAGGCUUUUUAAAUAUGUAAAUAAACAAUGAUAUUAUAUACUGAUUUGAAAUGUGGCAAUGUGUCAGCCAACUCUAAAACUUCCCUCUUUUUAUCUGUAUGAUGAGGAUUGUUUUGAAUUUGUGGAGGGGAGUUGACUUGAGCUUGAUGCAUUGCUAAAUAUUUCCCAUGAAUAUUAUUUGUAUCAUAUAAAGAUGUGUAAAAACUAUAAAAAUUAUAUAUUUGUUGCAAAUGUAUAAAUUAAAAUUUUCCAAAA